AUGAAUGGAGUGUCGGACGACGCGAUCAAGCUACGGUUGUUUCCCUUCUCACUAAGGGACAAAGCAAGGCCUUGGCUACAAUCACUUCCACCAGGCUCCAUCACCACUUGGGACCAACUCUCAGAAGCAUUCCUUACUAAAUACUUCCCUCCAAGCAAAACAGCCCAGUUGAGGAAUCAGAUAACGACCUUCACUCAAAAAGAAAGUGAGUCAUUGUAUGAUGCUUGGGAGAGGUACAAGGAUCUUCUAAGGAUGUGUCCACAUCAUGGGUUGGAGGAUUGGCUCAUAAUCCACACCUUCUACAACGGUCUUCUCUACAAUACUAGGAUGACCGUGGAUGCUGCAGAUGGUGGGGCUUUAAUGAACAAAAGUGUGCGAGAUGCAAAACAACUCGUAGAGGAUAUGGCACAGAACCAUUUCCAAUGGUCAGGUGAACGCUCUUUACCCAAAAAGAACGGGAGAUUGGAUGGUAUCAUUGGACAUUCUGCUGUGGAAUGUCAGAUUGGAAACUCCCCUUCUCCUGAUGCACCACUAUCUGAACAUGUUAAUUAUAUGAAUAAUUUUAAUCAAAAAGGGGAUCCAUUUUUUGAUACAUACAGCCUGUGGUGGAGAAAUUAUCCUAACUUAACCCAUAAAAAUCCACCCGAGAACCCAACUCCCCAAUCAAAUUUUCAACCUCUAGGUUUUCAGGCCCUUAGACUCCCUUACCCUACUCCCCAAAAGUCCAACUUGGAGACCUUGAUGGAGAAUUUUGUGACAUCCCAGAAUAAGCAGAAUGAAGAAUUCAGAAAUCAGAAUAGGAUAAUGAAUGGUGCAAUUAAGAACCUAGCCUCUAAAGUUGAUUCUUUAGCCACCCACAACAAAAUGCUAGAGAAUCAGAUCACUCAAUUAGCCCAACAAUUUAGCUUUUCUUCUAGAUCUUCAAGGAUGUUUCAUGAACAACCUGAAACCAACCCCAAAGGAUCUGUCAAUGCCAUCACACUUAGGAAUGGAAAAGAUUUAGAGGAACCAAUGAUGAGGAGUGACCAUAAGGAUGUGGUUGAUGAGAGUGAGAAGCUAGUGACAAGUGAAAAAGAACAUGCUGGUGAGAAAGGAGAAAAUGUUGAGAGAUAUGUUACGUCUGCACCUUACAAGCCUCCAUUACCCUUCCCUCAAAGUGAUAUGUCAAUUAAUCGUGCUCUAUGUGAUCUUGGUGCUAGUGUCAGUCGUAUGCCAUUGUCUAUAUGUAAUAAGCUGCAGAUGGGAGACUUGAAGCCCACCACUAUCUCCCUCCAAUUAGCAGAUCGAUCGGUUGGUAAAUUCUAUAUUCCAGUCGAUUUUGUUAUUCUUAAAAUUGAGGAGGAUUCUCAAAUCCCCAAUAUAUUAGGAAGACCUUUCCUUGCUACCACUGGCACGGUGAUUGAUGUGAAGAAUGGAAAGCUCUCUCUCAAUAUAGGGGAUGAAAAGGUGAAUUUUGACUUGUUUUCAGGUAUGAAAUUUCCACUAAUUGAUGAUAAUUCUUGCAGAAUUGAUACAGUUGACAUGGUGGUUAGAGAAGACUUUACUAGAUAUAUCUCAGGUGAUCCACUUGAGAAAUGCUUAGUAGAGAAUAGGGCACCAGUUAAUGAUGAUCAGGAAAUAACUUGCUAUGUUACAAUGCUUGAUGAAAGCCCCACCUACACCAAAACCACCUACAGCAAAGAACCUAAUGCAGUGGCCGAAAUUACAAAGGGUUUGAAUGACCAGGUGGAUAACGAGAUGGGUAGCAAAAAGUUCAAGGAUAAAGAACAACCAGAACUGAUAUGCUGA